AGCCCUGGACUGAACACUCCUUCAACAACAGUACAGUAGUAUUGCUUGACAUGUAAAGGAUCGCCUCCUAGAUUCACAAUAUAUUCGAUCAUAAUAAGUGAAACAAACACUAACAAACUUCAGCAUGUUUUCCAAAAUAAGAAAGGUUAUGGUAGGCAGUGGCGGAACGACGAGUAGCCCAGCCUUUGCUGCCGAGGAGGUGGAACAGAUUCUCUUGCAAGAGAUGGUGCUGGGCCGUCAUCAACUCACUAUAAAGAGUAAGAAAAAACACGAGAACACAAGUGCUCGACAAUUUCGACCUGACUUGACAGAAGAACAAAUCCAUCAGUACAUUGUAGAGGGCUUGGGGGGCAGUCUAAAGAAGAAAGAGAAAGCGGACAAGAAGAAGAGGAAAGGGAAAAAGAAGAAACAAAGUAUCAAAGAUUCAGCCGCUGCAGAUGCUUCUUCUGAAGAAGACAAAGAGAAGAAGAGGUUGACCACGAGGGCCUCCAUAGUAGCCGUGCUGGAUUCUGCCACGAAGGGCGAGCACGCGGGAUCCACUCAGAAGACCACGAACGAAGUCGUCGAGAAACGAAGGGCUUCGAGGCGUCACCAUACAAGCAGUUUGAGGCGUUCAUCCCGAACUAUCCCAUUCCGACAAAGCCAAAGAGGUUCGGCCUACAACGGUGAAUCUGACGUGCCAAGACUUGCCUCCAAGAUUGACUCUGAAAGGGUCGACGCCUAUUUCGAAACUUUGAUGGCUGCUUCCCAACCCAUGCCCCGACCAAAUCGCGCUGCACAACGCGACAUACAACUCGCCAUGCCCAAGGCAGCAUAAAGGAAGCACAAGCUUCUCGCAAAACUUGCUAGCAAACCAAAGUGCAAUAAUUUCUAGAGUCUGCAUUUAUACACAUCACUUGAUCCUCUCUUGCAAUGCCUCUCAGUUC